AUGCUCCGGUUUUGCCGCUCUCGUCUUGCCAUCGGUGCAUACAGUUUGUUUAUGAUGGAGCAAAAAAACAAUCCCGCUCUCAAGGGUCUCCCCAUUGCUCAACGUGGGAAGGUGACUUCAAAGCUGUAUAAGGCUCUCUCUCCAUCAGAACGCACGGAAUUGGAGAAACGUGCCAAGGCAAUGCCAUCAUCUCGUCGAACGAAGGAGACAAAGACGAAAACUGUAGGGAAGACUGCAGAUAAAACUGCAGAGAAGAAGCGGCGUCCUUUGUCUAAGUACGCCCAAUUUGUGAAAGUUAACCUUCCUAAAUACAGUCAGCUUCCUCACAAGGAACGACUUGCUGCAGUGGCCAAACUGUGGAAACAACAACAGCAGCAGGUGAAGAAGUGA